GCUAAUUGUGGGGGCCGCCCACUGGCCAGCAUGCAGCAGACUCCAGCAGCUCUUCCCCAGCAGAUCAUCAGCUCUGUGGCUCUUUACCUCCUCGGCUCCUCAGAGUGAUGACAUCUGAGGGAGAUCACUGCUCCCGACACUGAACUGGUUUCCACAGCCAACAUGAAUGAGAUCAAGAUUGCAGUGCUGGGCGGUGAAGGUGUUGGCAAAUCAGCUCUCAUCGUCCGGUUCCUCACCAGGCGUUUUAUUGGCGAGUACGCAUCAUCCUCAGAGUGCGUGUACAGGAAGUGUCUGUCUGUGGAUGGGAGGCAGGUUCACCUGGAGCUCUAUGACCCCUGCUCUCAGGACUGUGAUGGUAAGUCUGCUUUAAAAAGCCAGAUCCACUGGGCUGAUGGUUUCAUCUUGGUGUACGAUAUCAGCGACCGCUCCUCAUUCCUCGCUGUCAAAGCCAUCGUGCACCUGAUCCGAGAGCUGCACCAUGGAUCUGCCAAAAGGAACGUAGACUCGCCCAUAUUUCUGGUGGGCAACAAACAGGACCUGUGCCACAUGCGAGAGGUGCAACGUGAAGAGGGUCAGCGUCUCGCCGCCGAGUUUCACUGCCAGUUCUACGAGCUGUCGGUGGCUGAGCACUACCAGGAGGUGGCGCUCAUAUUCUCCAAGAUGCUGCAGAAGGCCAGCCUGGGCAGCAAGGCCAAGGAGCGCAGGAGGCGCCCGAGCGGCUCCAAGUCCAUGGUCAAGCUCAUCAACAACGUCUUCGGCAAGAGGAGGAAAUCGGUGUGACGAGGACAGCUGUCAGUCAAGACUGGGACCAAUGGCUUCGUAACUUCAUUAUGUUUAGUGUUGCUGUUGAUUUACAUUGUACUGACUCACAGUGUAGACGUGCAGCAACUGUUAGAAUUAGUUUGGAGAUGGGGGGGGGUUAACCAAAAGGUUCCCGCAUCACUUCCUAACUUUUACUCUCACUUGAUCACUUAUCUUGAUUGGACCAAACGUGUGUUGGCUUACUGAGGUUCCUUCGUCCCAUAUCGUGAUAUUAGAUUGUGGUGGUGUGUAUUCUGGUUUAGUCUUCAGUCUCAGAACCAUUACAGCUCCUGUGUGCAAACACCUGUCAGCGUGAUAAUGCAGUAAUACACAGCUUGUAUUUACUUUAUGACCUGCUUCCUGCCUCCUGCUCCCUUCUUUCUGUAGCUAAUUCAUACUUUUAAUCUUCGAGAUCCUUUGAGGUCUUUUAACGUGAGACGUGUCUUGGAUCAUUAUCAGCCAAAAAAGCCAAACCUAAGGAAUGAUUUGUAACAUUUAAAUCAAGAGAAACAAAUGAAGUUAAAGCUGUGAUCUGUGACUUAAUGUCAGCGUUGCCAGAUCGGUAAUUGUUGAACUAUCGUACCAGAAGCUUGAAAGGAAAAUUCUCUUACUUGACCUAAAAAAGGAUGGGGCACUGAAUACCGACGUUUCAAAGCUGUGUCGAGGUGUUCAGAAAUGAUCAUUUUCAAUGCACAAGGCCCUUAUUUUGAAACAUGUGACAGAAUCCACAAGAUGAUCACAUUCGUAAUCAGUAUCAUGAUUUGCUGAAAAGACGUAAUGUCCAAUUUCAAUUAAGGAAGGUGGAUACAUCUUGGAUACAUCUUGAUUAGAUCACGUGAUGGGAUAUAAUGUUGAUGUUUUUGCAUCAAACACAGAGGUCCAAAGGAACUUCUAAUGCUUUUACUUAUUUUCUGUCAAAUAUGUAUUGUAACAAUAUUUCGUAUCCAUAUAAAACAUGAACAACUCCUUCCUUAAUAAGCUGACAUCAGCUCUUCAGCUCGAUCUCCCACAUUGGAGCAGUGUUAUGUAUAACAAUGUGCUGCAGAAUACAAAUAAUCAACUGCUCAGGUUUAUUAUGCAGUCGCAUAUCUACUAGUAGGAGCAUACGUAGCAUAUGUUUGUUUUUAUAUAUUGUGUUUGCAAGAAUAAAGCCUCUGUUAUGUCACAUAAUAACCAGGUAACAGGUGUAUUAUGUACUAAGAUCUGAUACUUGAGUGAUGAUGAGUAGUUUUGGAUUCAAUUUUAUUGUCAUUACACAGAGUACAGGUACAGAGGCAACGAAAUGGAAAAAAAUAUAUACAUUUGCCCUGUCCAUCGACUGCAGCUCGCUGUUAAACUGUGUGUGUGGUUGUGGGUGUGUGAGUGUUUGUGUGA